ACGACGUCCUCGCUGGUUGAAAAGCCGUUUCAGUUUCCAUGUCCUCAGAUAACUUGACGCUUCAUUACUCUCUGCACGAAAUUCAGGGAAAUGGCAUCGAGUGGUGCGGAAAUCCAGCUUCCUUUACGAAGGAAAAGAAAGAACGGAGAGGAAAGUGAUGGUGUCGCAGGAAAGAGGUUGGAAUCUUGUUUGGAUCAGCCCACGGACUCAGUUAUUUGUGAAGUCGUCACGUAUACAGCGUCACCGCUACCUGAGAAACAUUAUGAUGCUGACACCACUGAACCAAUCACCUGCGGUCUUGAAUCAAUGGAGGAUCUGCUGUCAUGGACAAGAAGUAAGGCAAACCCCUUCAGUGGAGCAGUUGUCCCCUUGGCACCUCGAGAGCCUCCUCUGGACCGUUGUCUGCGACGGACCUUGGUGUCUCAUGACAUGAUGGGUGGCUACCUUGAUGACAGGUUUGUUCAGGGCACAAAUGCAGAGGCUCCAUAUGCUUUCUACCACUGGCAGUACAUCGAUAUUUUUAACUACUUUUCACACCACCUGGUAACUAUUCCUCCUGCUGUGUGGACCAACGCUGCACACAAACAUGGAGUCAUCGUUAUUGGGACUUUCAUCACAGAGUGGAUAAAUGGAGCUGCGAUGUGUGAAGACUUCCUGAAAGAUGAGGAGUCGUACCGGAGAGUAGCUGAUAAACUUGUCCAGAUUAGCCACUGUUAUGGCUUUGACGGCUGGCUCAUUAACAUAGAGAACAAGCUCAGUGAGGUUGCAGUGCGAAAUGUGCCGCUGUUCCUGCGCUAUCUGACAGACCACAUGCACGAGAGAGUGUCCGGCAGCCUUGUGCUGUGGUACGACAGUGUACUUGACAAUGGAGAGCUAAAAUGGCAGAAUGAGCUCAACCAGUCCAACAGGGUGUUUUUUGAUGCUUGUGAUGGCCUCUUUACCAACUACAACUGGAAGGAGGAGAACCUAGUGGGGAUGAAGAACCUGGCGCUCCAAGACCGCCAAGCUGACAUCUAUGUUGGAGUGGAUGUGUUUGCUCGAGGAGAUGUAGUAGGAGGAAUGUUUGAGACAAAUAAGGCGCUGGAGAUCAUUCGAAGGCACAACUUCUCUGUAGCCAUCUUUGCUCCUGGCUGGGUAUACGAGACUCAUGAGGAUAAGAGUGAAUUCCGAAAGAAUCAAGACAGGUUCUGGGCUCUUCUGUCAAACUACCUGUACAUCCACCGACUAGCCUCACCGCUCCCCUUCGUCUCCUCCUUCUGCCAGGGCUUUGGGAAUGCCGUCUACUGGCAGGGACAGCAUGAGACAAAUAGCAGCUGGUUCAACCUGACCGCCCAGGAGAUUCAGCCUUUGUACUACCACCAGACUGUAGGGGGUCUCGGCUGGCUGAGAAGCUCUGGCUGCCCGAAGGACGCCUGGAAUGGAAGUUGUUCGCUGCUGCUCGACGGACUCAUCCCUGCAAGCCACACCACUCCAGUUUGUGCCAAGAUCUUCUCCAUCCAUGUACCCCUGCCGUCCAGUACACUGGUGAGCCUCAUCUACAAGGCGUCUCCUGGGAUCGCAGUCUCCUUGGAGCUGAAGACGACUGAUGCCAGUCAGUGCACACAUGUCGAUGUCCAGGAAGUCCAACUUAACAGUGUAUCCCCUGAAGUACUGGAUGACGAGCACCAGUUAGUGAACAAGUUCACUCAGCUAUGUGGAAACUUGAACCACAAUGGUUGGACCAUGAGGUGUUCACAGCUGGAGCUUCACAGCUGCACUCUUCGAGAAGUUUGUGUGAAGAUCGAACGCAUCGGACAGCCUGAGGACACGCCUUUCAGCUGCAGGGUGGGAGAACUCACGGUCUUAGAUGUAGCUAGCCUGCAGGUGCCCCCAGACAGGAUUCAAGGUGUGUGCAUUGAUGACGUGGUGUGGCUGCGUGGGGCUGGAACCUCACUCCUCAACGCCACUCUGCGCUGGGACUACCCUGGCAACCUCGUACGUCACUUCAAGGUGUACUGGCGACAGCUGAGAGGACCUCAUCCCAGCAUCCCCCCUGGUCAGUUGGUUCUGGUGGGUCGCUCGUAUUCCAAUUUGUUCAGGGUGACGGAGCUGAGAGUGCCAGAAGCUCCUGGCCUGUUGGAGCUGGUGGUGGAGCCAGUAAUCAAGAUGGGUUUCCCAGUCCCAGAGAGCCACUGGGGAAGAAGAAGCGUCAGCUACACAAAGGAUUUCUCAAAAUGAAUUUUACACAAAUACCAACCAGUAGCAUCUUCAUUUACUCUCAUGCUACGACUGUUACUAUCACACCUGUGAAGCAGAAUGUGGAGAAAUGCCUUAAUUUGUUUCAGGAUCAGUGUGCUUCAGUGAUGUAAUCACCAAUCUCAUCCCAGUGUAGUAGAAGCUUAAAGAAACAUUUCAAACAUCUUGUGAAAUGUGAAUUGAGGCUGUGUAAGUAUACUUAUGAAUACAGCUUUGUAACAUUUUACAUCCUGUUUAAGAUCUAGUUAGUAACAAGAAUGUUCAACAAUAAAACUGGAUAACUGAAGGAUAUUUUCAAAAAUUUAAGUUGAAGGGAUAAAAGCAAUAUGUAACCUGUACGAAAAUGCAAAUAUGAUCCAUAUUUGGGUCAAAUAAGUCUGGUGUCUGGGCAUUCCAGACCUUUAAAAAAAAAAAAGGGGGAAAAAAAGAAAGAAAUUUGUUCAAUUUGAUAGUUUUGAUCAGUUAUGUGUAAAGCCAAUAGCAUUCUAAACAAAUGAAAGGUGCACCUUACCCUUAUACUGUUUUAUGUCUUUGUCUGAAUAUCUAAUCACAGUCUGUAUAAGUGAAUAUAAUCAAAUCUACAGCCAUGCUAACUGCUUUAAUAACUAAGCUAAUACAAUGCUAAUAUUAGCAUGCUAACAUACUAUACAUGUACAUGCAUGUCACAGGUGUUGUUUACAUAUUAACAUUUACAUACUAACACUCAACUCAUAGUACCCCUGUGCCUAAUGGGAAUUAUGUUAGUUUUGUGGAGAAAAAAGAAACCCUGACAGUUUCGACCAUGUUCGCUAAGCUUUGGUACUAACAUAGCCCAGAGCCAAGAUGGCUAAGAUCUAUCAUCCCACCUAGACAAUGGUGAAGCCAGUGCUUAAUACCAGCCAAAAAGUAAAGGCUAUACAAUAUUCAUUUUUGUGUUAUUAUUCUUUGGGAGCAAACACAGAGAGAUUCUUACAGUACAACAUUAUUGCAUGAAGAUGAUGACUACAUUUGGUAUGUUUCCUCGAAUGUCAAGGAAAGUUUGUUUUAAUUAUCAAAGGGUAAACAGAUCUUCUGACUGUGCUCAGUGAUGGAAGUUUUGGUUGUAAUUUAAGGAUUGAAAUUUAGACAUAACGAAAAAAGGGCUCAAGCCACCCACUGUUUAUGUGUCUAUUGUAUCUUAAGCAAAUUUCCUUGGACAUUGGCUGCUUUUUCAUUCAUGUUCAGUCCAGCUCUUGUACCUGACCAUUUUCAGAAUGUUUUUGUCAAGCCUCUUAACCAUGAAUCAUUAACCGAGUAUAAAUGCUCAUUUAUACUCUGUGGGUGGGUGAAUGGGUGAAUGACUGAAUGUAGUGUAAAGCGCUAUACAAAUGCAGGCCAUUUACCAUUCAAGCAUAAAAAAGGAACCAACUCAAGGGAUGAACUAGUUUUGUGUUCAUACACAACAGACAAUUUAGCAAAGGACCAAUUUUAAACUGUGUCUUUAUGCACCAGCAGCUUGUCAAAACCAAAACACAAUUUAUGGAAUUAUUAUUGUAGUAAAACGCCAUUAGAUUGUUAGUCACCAUGCAGCAUUUAAAAAAAAAAGAAAAAAGACAGCAGCUUAAUUGUUCAGAUAGACAAUGGCACACACACUGACACACAUGUAUUCAUAUCCUUGUGGGGACAUCACAUUGACAUAAUGCUUUCCCUAGCUGCUUACCCUAACCAUCAAAAAUGAAUGCCUAAACCUAAUCAUAACCCUGACACUAAAACCACGUUUUGAGCCUCAAAAAUGCCUUCAAACUGGUAGGAACUGGGAUUUUGUUCCCCAUAAGUUUAGUCAACUUGGUCCCCACAAAAAUAUUAAUACACGUGUACACACACACACACACACGAAGACGAAGAUCCUCAACAUCCUCAUCAUUACUGAAGCAGUGUGGGAUCAUCUUAAAAAAAAAAAAAGGCAGCUAAGAUCCCAAGAAGCACCUCAGGAUGUCUUUCUUCUUCUACUUAAAGAACUUUCAUGAAUGCUUACCUAACAGAGUUCAGACUGUGUUGAAGAAUAAACUGUUUUUCCUUCAUAUGCAGCAUUUCCAUUUGUUUACACGUUUCAAUAAAUCACUGCAUCCGUUUCCCCAUUUCAUAAAAUGAGGGGUGGCUCAGGACUCUGUACUGUACAACUGUUAUUUGACACUCUGUACAACAUUUAAAUAAAGACAACAUAAA